CCUGUCCUUCAGCCGAGCGGAAGUAGCGGCACAGCCAACAGCAGGCUGCCGGGACCACAGCGGAGAUGAACUCCUUGGAACAGGCCGAAGACCUGAAGGCUUUUGAGAGAAGACUGACAGAGUAUGUCUCCUGUUUGCAACCUGCAACAGGCAGGUGGAGAAUGAUUCUGAUUGUGGUGUCUGUUUGCACGGCUACCGGGGCUUGGAACUGGUUAAUAGACCCCGACACACAAAAGGUCUCUUUCUUUUCAUCACUAUGGAAUCACCCCUUCUUCACCAUCAGCUGCAUCACUCUUAUAGCUCUCUUCUUCGCUGGGAUACACAAACGAGUUGUGGCACCAUCGAUGUAUCCUUUUUCUGUUGCAGUUCAUAUGGAGCAGUUUUGCUGUUUACUGGUUCACAUCCUUGACAUUCUUCAGUAUUGCUGCCCGCUGUCGGACGGUUUUAGCAGAAUACAACAUGUCCUGUGACGAUACAGGGAAGCUUAUUCUCAAGCCGCGACCGAACAUUCAGUAACCACGAGCUUCUUUGAGGCGGUCAGACGAUAUGCCUGGUCUUCGUCGAUAGCCACUGAUCACUCGGCGUCUUCAGCGUCUUCUUUGGGUGGUCUGAAGAAGCACCAGGGGUGACAGCACAGUAGCAGAUAUUGUCAUCGUGGUGGGAAUGUGUUUUGACGAAAGAAGAAACAAACUGAUUGGGCCUUUUAAGAGAAUUGCUGUGCUGAUGUCGCCAUCGAAGCUGCUGAUCUGCUCACAUCGUCUGAUAUAUUUUAUUCAUUCAGUGUGAGUUCAUAUGUGUUUAUUUCUGUUUCUAAUGUUGAGCAUGUAUUUUAUCAAAAUGUUUCUAUUUUUAAAGUUAUUUACCUAAUAAAUACUUGAGGGGUGAA